CGUAAUGAGUUAAAGACUCCCCGGCCUCGGAUGUUACCUCCCCUGUCUGUCCUGGGGGUGGAGUUCUGAAAAAGCAGCCUUUCAUUAUCUCCAGAUAUCUCCUGGUCUCCGGGAGAAGGAAGCUUUUUGUGUCCGUCCGCGUCUAACUCUUCCUGGGAGGAGAGGCUACGAAGGCUGAGUCACUGUUCUUAUCUGUGGGUUCUUCAGGUUCAGGGAGCAGCAACAGCGAGAAUGCAUCUGGAAAGCUGAGCUCCGCACGCGGCCCGCGGGACUCUCCUGAGCUGCGGCUGUGCCUGACACACCUCCCCGGGACUCCCUAGGACCUUGGAGGAUGAAUUCUCUGGCGUGAGGCUGCAGAAGUUGGAACAGCAGCGACAGCUAUUUGAGAAGAAGCAGCGCAGGAAACGCCAGGAGCCCCUCAUGGUUCAGGCCAAUCCUGAUGCUUCCCUGAGGCACCGGCGACCCAGGCGUGGGGAGGAGCGCUUCCAGAGUGACAGCAGCUGGGGCCUUGGUGUUGGGAGCCCUUUCCUCCAGGAGAACGUACCACAGGCGCAUCUGCCCUCCGGGGCGCACAGUGCCCUUGUCACCAUGAGCUACGUCGGAGAUGGGAGUGGCGAGCGGGCCCCCCUACUGUCACCCAGAGGAGCAGUAUACACUCGGGGCAACGGCCCCGCGGUCCGCCAUCUAUGCUGGCUCCCAGACAGCUCCGAUUCAGAUGUGGAGGAAGUAACCAUGGAGGACAUCCCGGUCAUCUCCCGACCUCCCAAGAUGCAUCUGGCAAACCGACGCAGGGGCUGGUUAGCCUCCCCAGGACCCGGGAUCAGUGAAGAGGAAGAGGUUGAAUCCAAGGAUGCCAGAGUCGAAGACAAGACACCUAGCCCAGACCCAGACCCAGACCCAGACCCAGAUCCAGACCCAGACCCAGACCCUACCGUCAACUCUGAUAGCGUCCACGAAGACUUAGCACCCUGCCAGAUGGAAGAAAACACAACCACAGAGGAUACAGAAACAGCCUCUGGCAUCGGGGAUGAAGACCCGGAGAAGAAAGAGGCCACAGAGUCUACAGAGACAACCAACGCCCCAGUGGCAGCCACGGUUUUACAAGGCGAUGGUGACACCAGCAACCACAACGCCUGGAACAUGGCCUGCCCCCCGCCUCGCACUCCAGGCCCGCGGCUCGGGGAGGACAUGGAGGCAUACGUAUUGCUCCCUGCACCCCGAGACCACAUGGUGCAGUGCCGCAUCGUCCGAAACAAGCAUGGCAUGGACAAGGGCAUGUUCCCUUCCUACUACCUCUACCUGGAGGCAGAGGAUGGUGUAGCACAUUUCCUUCUGGCUGGGCGGAAAAGGAAAAGAAGCAAAACUUCAAAUUAUCUCAUCUCCCUGGACCCCAAAGACAUGUCUCGCAAUGGGAACAACUUUGUAGGCAAAGUUAGAUCCAAUGUCUUGGGCACGAAAUUCACCAUCUUUGAUAAUGGGGUGAACCCUGAGCGGAGCUACUGGAUUCCAGACAGUGCCCGGAUCAGAGAGGAGCUGGGAGUUGUAUGCUACGAGACCAAUGUCUUGGGAUUCAGGGGGCCUCGGAAAAUGACAGUGAUCCUUCCAGGAAUGGAUAGCCGGAAGCAGAGGAUGAAAGUCCAGCCACAAAAUGAUCAGGAUUCGAUAUUGAGUCGUGUACAGAAGGGCGCUGGACAUGGGCUGCUCCUCCUACAGAACAAGGCCCCAUCGUGGAGCGACGAAAGCGGCGCAUACGUACUCAAUUUUCACGGUCGUGUCACGCGGGCUUCGGUCAAGAACUUCCAGAUAGUGCACCCGGAUGAACCGGACCACCUGGUGCUCCAGUUUGGCCGAGUGGCCCCAAACAUAUUCACGAUGGAUUUCCGAUAUCCUCUUUGCCCGCUCCAAGCCUUCGCCAUCUGCUUAUCCAGUUUCGAUGGGAAACUGGCGUGUGAGUAACUGAAUAAAAUACCAUCCCUCACCAACUCUGUUCUGUGCGUUUGGAGAAAGCUUCACGCCAUGCCUCCUCCUUUCUUUUUUAGUUUUUUGAUACUCAGUCUGGUCUCCAACAACUAUGUAGCAGAGGCUUGCCUUGACCAUCCGAUCCUCCUGCUUCUGCCUCUCAAGUACUGGGGUGACGCGCCUUUGUGCCUGCCUGGCCUUGUCUUUUAACAAUAAACCUUUUGAUUAAUUUU